AUGCACACAGGACCCCUCGUAGGUGCCAUCGAUGAAGGCACAUCAAGUGCAAGGUUCAUCCUAUUCAAAGCCGGAAGUGCAGACGUGGUGGCGGCACACCAGAAGGAAUUAUCCACCAGUUUCCCGCAGGAAGGAUGGGUCGAGCAGGACCCGCUGGAAAUCCUAGAGAUUGUGAAGACAUGCAUCGAAGCCACCAUAGACAAACUGAUAGCUCUGGGUGGGAGCGUCAACGAUAUUGUGGCCGUGGGGGUAACCAACCAGAGGGAAUCCACGAUCGUGUGGGACAAAACAACGGGUGAACCUUUGUAUAACUCGAUCGUUUGGAGAGAUAUGAGGACUUCAACCACAGUCGAUCAAUUAUUGGAUAAAGUCCCCAAUAAAACUAGAAACAAAAAUUACCUGAAGCCGCUGUGCGGCCUCCCGAUGUCGCCUUACUUCAGUGCCGCUAAAGUCAAGUGGCUCCAGGAUAACGUCCCCAAAGUGAAGAAAGCGAUGGUUGCAGGCAACUGUCUCUUCGGAACGGUUGAUUCAUGGUUAAUCUGGAACCUCACGGGGGGCAAGGAUGGUGGUGUUCACGUCACCGACGUGACCAACGCGUCCAGAACAAUGCUCAUGAACAUAGACACCCUGAAAUGGGACCCCGUCCUUUUAAAUUUCUUCGAACUACCCAGUUCCAUCUUACCGAAAAUUAAAUCAAGUGCGGAGGUGUAUGGGUACGUUAAAGAGGGCUCUCUCAGAAGCGUCCCCAUCGCUGGGUGUCUCGGGGACCAGCAAUCCGCUUUAGUUGGUCAACAAUGUUUGAACAGAGGACAGGCCAAAGCCACCUAUGGAACUGGCUGCUUCUUGUUGUAUAACACGGGUAAAGUGAAAGUAGAUAGCUCCCAUGGCUUACUAACCACCGUAGCGUACCAGCUGGGGCCAACCCAGCAGCCCAUGUACGCCCUCGAAGGCUCGGUUGCUAUCGCGGGGGCUGCCAUCAACUGGUUGAGGGACAAUUUAACAAUUCUACCAACCUUUGGAGAUGCUCAAGGUUUGGCCGAAAGAGCCGCUCUUAUUGAAAGUGGGGAGGUCUAUUUCGUGCCGGCUUUCAGCGGACUCUAUGCUCCCUACUGGCAACAAGAAGCUAGAGGAACUAUUGUUGGUAUUACGGAAGAUACAAAUUCCAGCCACAUUAUAAGGGCUACUCUGGACGCUGUUUGUUUCCAAACGCGGGAUAUUUUGGAGGCUAUGAAUAAAGAUUACGGAUCGACGCUGACGCAGCUACAAGUUGAUGGGGGGAUGACAGCAAAUUCGUUGUUGAUGCAGCUGCAGGCGGAUUUGACGGGCGUAACCGUGGUGAAGCCGAGUAUGGCAGAAAGUACGGCUUUGGGGGCGGCCAUGGUGGCCGGAUUUGCUAUGAAAGUGUGGGAUAUCGAAGGGGCCCCAUUGACACUGCCGGCGCAGAAGUGGACACCGAAAUAUAGCGAGAAUGAGAGGGAUGUUAGAUAUGCCAAGUGGAAAAUGGCAGUGGAGAGGUCCAUGGGAUGGGAUAUUUAAUUUUAGUACUCAUAUUGUUCCUAAUGUGAUACUGUCAUCGACAAGUGUGCAAUCACCUUUUUGUCUUUUAUGUAUUAUUUACCAAAUUUUUACUUAAUAUACGUAUUUUGUACUGUU